AUGUGUUUUUUUUUCUCCCAUCCCUCCCAUGGUAGGUAUAGCAAAGACCCACGAAACAGCAGCGCAUCAAAAUCGCACAAACAGCAGGGGUUCACAUACAUCAAACAGAGUAGCAACCCAGAAGGUUUGGAUAACGAGUGGGAUAAUUUCAGGAGAGGAUCAAGUCACACCUUUAGGAAUGCAAAUAAAUCUAUCGAAUACAGCAGUUUUUCCCCGAUGAAUAAGAAAGGCUACGUAAUGGAUGAAAGAAACUGGAGGGAAAAAGAACAGCGCUAUUCACGAAGCUAUAGGAACAAUAACUGUAACAGUAUCGCAAUGGAUUCCAAUAUGAACAACGUAUACAGAUCCAAAUAUUAUUAUAGUAAAACUGUGAGCAGCUCGGAUAAUUCAAAGUAUGGUUUUCCCUGGAAUAACAAGAACAGUCAUAGUAAAAAUACGGAAAGGAACAGCUCCUUCCUGAAAAAUGUAAGCUCAGGAACAAGUGCAAAAGGAGUCAACAAAGAUAUUAACAAUAAUGGUAGUAACACAAAUAAUGAUAAUAGUAUCCGUAGCGGCACACCGUCAGCCAGUGGAAACACCAUGAAAAGCGCGAACGGUGUGAAUGUCGCCAGUCCAGAUGACUUCACAAAUAGCCAAACAAUGUCAAACAAUCAAAACAAUGCGAAAAAUUCAAAUCAAAGUCAUUUCACGAAUGUGGAGGGAAAUUCUAACAAGAAUUCUAGCAACAUGAAUAACAAGGCCUUUUACGAAAGUGCAAAUAAAAAUAACCCCUAUGAACUUAAUCCCAACAUCAAUUAUAAUUCGACGCAAACGAAGUAUACUACUCAGACAGAAGAUAAUGCGGAGGGUACGAAUGCGAAUUCAACGACUGCUGAGGUUAACAACCCAUCUAAUAACUUAAAUAACUCGGCAUUCAACAAACAGAAGUAUGAAAAUAACGACCCCUUCAUGAGUGACAACAACCAAAAUAAAGAGGGAAAUAUGUACAGUAGCGAAAAUACCAACAGGAAUAAACCAAAUUGUGCGCUCAAUGCGAACGCCGGAAAUGUGGGUCACACGGGUACAAGCGGAAAUAAUGGGUAUCCCGAAAUGAGCAACCCGUUCGAUGUUAAACGAAGCGGCAUGGACGCAACACACGAUUUUUACCCGCACUCUUCAGGGAAACCCAAUUAUAAUAGUCAGGACAUCUCCAAUGCGCACCCUCUGAACGACGUGGCUCCCAGCGAUAACGCAAAUUUUAGCAAAAGGGAGUGCCUAAACGUGGAUAAUAAUUAUUACGCACCCCAUGUGCAAAACGUAUCAGGCAACCAUUUUGAAAAUGCAGGCGCUGCAAACACAAACGGAAAUUUUAACGCUCCAUCCGAUUUUGCCAACAAGGGAACAACAGGUACUUUCAACAACGCCAGCGUUGUAACGAACCAAAGCGUAAAUAGCAAUCCGAAUUUGAAUAAAACCAAUUUGACGAAUAACAAUGCGGAGAAUAGAAUGAGUUUUCUUCCUGGAGCAUCAGGGGCUGGGAGGAGCCCCUAUGAUCAUCCCAACAUGAACAGUGCAGAUAGCCAAAAUCAUAACAAUGAGGAAGAGGAUAAUGACGAUUGGGGAGAGCUAGGGGAGGACAAAUAUAUAGACAUCAAUUCCAUUAUUAAAAAGAAAAAUGUUAUUCUGAAUCAGCUAGCUGAUUUGAAUAUGUCCAAAAGAGGCAACGACAACAAGAACAAGAAAAAGGCCAGGGCGAAGAAGCAUAAUGAACCAUUCUUUCUGGCCGAGGCAGAGGCGAGUACCUCACUUGGAGAAAAGAAAAAAAAUAAAAAAAAUAAAAAUAAAAAUGCAAAGGGCGGUGGAAAGAACGCCAAGACUGGAGAAAAUGGAAGCCAUGACCAGUCAGCCGGCAAGAAAAACGAAAAGAAGGGAAAUGUCGGUAGCGAAACGGAUAGCAAAACGAACGACGGAAACACACCAGAUGGUGGAGCAAACGAAACGAAUGAUAAUAAUUCCUUUACGAAGAAGGAAGAAACGGAUGGAUUUGACAAAAAUGAUCACCCACAGCAACAGCAAAAUGGAGAGAAAAAAGAAGAAGUGACGGAGAAACCAGCCAAAGCUAUAUAUGUGUUUAAGAGAAAAGAAAAUAUGUCCCCCCAGGAGUAUAUGGAAAGACAAAUAAAAAGCCUUCUGAACAAAUUAACCGUGGAGAACUUCCCAAUAAUUACCGAGAAAAUAUGCCAAAUUAUGGACUCGCGUACCAAUACAGAAGAAAUGCAAACCGUUGUAAAUGAAGUAAUUAACAAAGCAGUUUUGGAACAUGAUUGGUCAGAAAUGUACGCUGAUGUUUGUCAAGCUUUGAAAUGGAGAUCGCCAAAUUUUGAAAUGAAAAAAAAAUCCUCCUUCGAAAUUGCACUCUUAAAAAAAAUACAAGAACAAUAUGAAAAUUUGCCAAGCACCUUCGAAUCCACCAUGAAGGAAAAAUUAAAAAAUGACGAAAAUGAAGAAGAACUAAGUUUCGUGGAGCAGAAACAAAAGAAAAGAUUAUUUGGAAUUGUAAAAUUGAUAGGGGAAUUAUUUCAAAGACAAAUUGUUUCCAUAUCGAUUGUAAUUAGUAUAGCACAUGAUUUAUUAAUCGCCUUUGAGGAACCGAAGGAAUACUGCAUUGAAGCCUUCCUCCAGCUAAUUUACUCCACUGGAUUUUUUAUCGACAAGAUGGAGAAGUAUAAGAACAUUUUAGACACCUGGUUUGGUCGACUUAAAGAAUUGCAAAGAAAAAAAAUGUAUUCCAAAAGGAUAAAAUUUGUAAUUCAAGAUGUUUUUGAUUUGAGAUUAUCCGAGUGGAGAAAGAAGACGCAUAAAGAUACAGCCAAAGGUUUGAAUGAACUGAGAUCCCAACUCGAGACGGAGGAAAUGAUGGGAGGAUCCAUUCACCUGGCGCAGCUCGGAAAUAUAGUCAUUGUUGGGGAGAGGCAUAAUAUCAGGAACAAUGAGUCCUACUCCAAGUAUAUGCAGGAACAGGAGAGACUUAGCAAGGCAAACCAGAAGAAGUGA